GAAAGUGGACCGGGUUGCACUGGUUGGGCCUUUCCGACCCGGCCUAAAACCCCAAAACCCUAAACCUCUUCUUUACACUCACUCUCUCCUGCGUCUCCAUCCAUUCGCAACCCUCCUUCAACUUCUUCUCUUCUUCACCAAUCCAUCAACAAUGGGUAAAGCAAAAGCAAAAGGAAAACAUCGUUUAGACAAAUACUACUACUUAGCCAAAGAACACGGUUACCGUUCUCGUGCAUCAUGGAAACUCGUUCAAAUCAAUUCCAAAUUCCAUUUCCUCGAAUCCUCACGCUCCGUUCUCGAUCUCUGCGCCGCUCCUGGUGGUUGGAUGCAAGUCGCCGUCCAACGUGUUCCCGUCGAUCAUCUCGUCAUCGGAGUCGAUCUCACUCCGAUUAAACCAAUUCGAGGCGCGAUUGCUAUUCAGGAAGAUAUUACUAGACCUGAAUGUAAAUCUAGAGUUAGGAAAAUUAUGAAUGAAAAUGGUUACCGUGCUUUUGAUGUUAUUCUUCAUGAUGGUUCACCGAAUGUUGGUGGUGCUUGGGCUCAAGAAGCUACUAGUCAGAAUUCGCUUGUUAUUGAUGCUAUUAAGCUUGCUACUCAGUUUUUAGCUCCUAAGGGAACUUUUGUUACCAAGGUUUUCAGGUCUCAGGAUUACAAUUCUGUGGUGUGGUGUAUGAAGAAGUUGUUUGAGAAGGUUGAGGUGGAAAAACCACCGGCUAGUCGUUCUGAAUCUGCCGAGAUAUAUAUUUUGGGGAUUAAGUAUUUAGCCCCUGCUAAGAUUGAUCCUCGCAUUCUCGAUAUCAAGCAUCUUUUUGAGGCUUCUGCACAACCAAUAGCUAAGAUGGUGGAUGUACUUGGAAACAAUAAGCAAAAGAGGCAUCGUGAUGGGUAUGAAGAUGGAAACACAACUUUGAGGAAGGUGUCUUCAGCUGCAAAUUUUGUUUGGACAGAUGCUCCUCUGGAGAUUCUUGGUUCAGUUACUUCCAUAAGCUUUACCGAUCCAGCUGAUAUACCAAUCAAGGAUCACGACCUAACAACUGAAGAGGUAAAAUCUCUCUGUGAAGAUUUGAGGGUUUUGGGGAAGCAAGACUUCAAGCAUCUUCUAAAGUGGCGGAUUAACAUUAGAAAAGCUCUAUCACCUGCUAAAAAGACCGAACCUGCUACUACAGCUGAGGUGGAAAAUGAGCAUGAUGUGGUGGAUGAAGAUGAUAGAUUACUCAACGAAAUGGAGGAAUUGACAAAUGCAAUGGACCGCAAGAAGAAGCGUGAAAAAAAGAUUCUAUCAAAAAGAAGGGCCAAGGACAAGGCUCGGAAAGCAACAGGGAUGCAAGUGGAUGCAGUAGAAGAUUAUGUUGACCAUGAGUUGUUUUCCCUUGCUUCUAUGAAGGGUAAGAAGGAUCUGGUAGCUGUUGACACCACUGACUAUGAAGGUGGUGAGGGUGAAGUGGAUGACAGUGAGAAUGAUGAAAACAAAGGUGGCUCGGAGCAUUCAUCUAGUGACUUAGAUUCUGACGAAGAACGUAGAAGAUAUGAUGAACAAAUGGAGGAUUUACUUGAACAAGCUUAUGAGCGGUUUGUGAUAAAAAAGGAAGGGACUGCACAGCAGCGUAAGCGUAUCAAGAAAUCCUACGAUGCAGACUCCCAACUUUUGGAGGCUGGUGAAGAUGAUGACAUUGUUCCGUCCAAAUAUGAUUCAGAUGACGAUCAGGAUGUUCAAGAAGCAAAUCCUUUGAUGGUGCCACUUACUGAUGGUACAGGGCCCACCCAAGAGGAGAUCACAAAUAUGUGGUUUAGUCAGGAUGUCUUUGCUGAAGCUGUAGAGGAAGGAGGCUUUGAGAAGGAUGACAGUGAGAAUGAAAUGGAUAUCGAUGGGCUGAAGGAGAAGCCGUUUGUUGCGGAAAAGAUCAAAGAAAAUAAGCCUGUUGCUGAAAAAAUCAAAGAAAAUAAGUCUGUUGCUGAAAAGAUCAAAGAAAAUAAAAUGACUACUUCUGUCGAGGCAGAUCGCACUCAAUCACAAGUAUCCAAUGAAAUGGAUUUUGAGAUUGUUCCUGCACCUGCUACUGAUUCCGAUGAUUCGUCCUCUGAUGAGUCGGAGGAUGAUGUUGGAAAAAAAGCUGAGAUACUGGCUUAUGCUAAGAAGAUGCUGAGGAAAAAGCAAAGGGAACAGAUGCUAGAUGAUGCAUAUAAUAAAUACAUGUUUGAUGACCAGGGAUUGCCCAAGUGGUUUCUCGAUGAGGAAAGAAAACACCGUGUACCAGUUAAGCCUGUCACAAAAGAGGAAGUUGCUGCUAUGAAGGCACAAUUUAAAGCAAUUGAUACUAGACCUGCAAAGAAGGUGGCUGAGGCCAAAGCACGAAAGAAGCGUGUUGCAAUGAGGAAGAUUGAGAAAGUCCGCAAGAAGGCCAACGCUAUAUCAGAUCAGCCAGACAUAUCUGAUCGUUCCAAGAGUAAGCAAAUUGACCGACUCUAUAAAAACGCAGUUCCAAAAAGGCCUCAAAAGGAGUAUGUAACUGCAAAGAAAGGUGUCCAAGUUAAGGCUGGUAAGGGAAAAGUCCUUGUUGAUCGCAGGAUGAAGAGUGAUGCGAGGAAAAGUGGUAUGGGUAAGGGAGGCAAAAGAGGUUCCAAGGCAAAGGGCGGCAAGGCACCAAAGGGCGGCAAGGCACCAAAGGGUGGCAGGGCUCCAAGUGGCAAGGCUCCUAUGGGUGGUGGCAAGGCACCAAAGGGUAGCAGGGCUCCGAGCGGCAAGAAGGGAAGGAAAUAACUGAAAAUAGGUUGGUGCACAAUUUCAGUGAUGAGUUUUCCUACUUUCCAAGCCAAAUUUUGUAUGUUUAUUUUUCUUUUGGUUGUUACUGACUGCUAUAGAUGGAUGAUAGAUAAAUUAAAUAUAGCUGUUUUGUUUUUCAUUAAGGCAAUCCUAUUCCAAAUUUGAUUGAUUUCGUCUGUAAUAGAAGAUGAAAGUUAUUUAGUAAUUUAAUUGUGGGCGCCAAUAUACCAUUGUUAGCAGAAACAGUUAGAAAUGGUUAAUGAUAUGAUUUUAUGGGUAA